AAGAAAUGGACCACAGCCAUCGUCUGGGGAGUUUCAAUGUGCAGGAGAGUGACUUCCCUGCGGGAGGACAACGCCAGGUGUCGGUGGAUGUUGGGAGACUUCCGGAAAGAAGGAGAUGGUGUAGUUUCUCACGCCGCCAAUUCGUCUACCCCGUCCUGAUAUUGAUGGUGGUUUUCUUCCUUUACAACACAGACAUUAAGGAGGUGGUGCACCACUGGAACCCAACAAAGUGGUGGACUGCAUAUCAAAGCCAGAGACAAAACGUUGUCUCUCCCAACAGGACUGGUUCCAACGCCAUCACACCCGAAACUGAACCAUCUGGGUUUGUAACUCAAACAUCACCAAAGGAUCCAAACAAAGCUCAGUAUAAAUCUCCGAGCCCCUACUUGGUGGAGUACCCCUCGGAGUACCACUUCAUUAUAAAUGAGCCGAACACUUGUGAGCAGCAGAACUCUUUCCUGGUUCUGAUUGUCCCCGUGGCGCCCAAAAACAGGGCCCACCGCGACGUCAUCCGCAGCACCUGGGGCGGCGAGCGUGUGGUGCUGGGCAAAACCGUGACGCUGUUCUUCCUGCUGGGGCAGCACAGCGGAGACGGAGCGCCGCAGGUCCAAGAGCAGGUGCUGCAGGAGAGCCGCGAGCACCGAGACCUGAUCCAGAGCGACUUCCUGGACUGCUACAAGAACCUCACCAUCAAGACCAUGGUGAUGCUGGAGUGGCUGGACGCCCACUGCUCCCACGCCUCGUACGCCAUGAAGAUCGAUUCGGACAUGUUUCUGAACGUGCCCAACCUCGUGACCAUGUUGGCGAACGCUCCGAAGACGAACUACAUGACGGGGCUGGUGGAGAGUAGAGCCAUGGUUCUGAGGAAUCCGACCUCCAAGUGGUUCCUCCCCUACGAGGUCUACCCUGAGAUGUAUUACCCAAGCUAUGCUCUGGGCCUGGGCUACAUUUUGACCCUUGACCUCCCUAAAAAGCUGGUGGAGGCCUCCAGACAUGUCAAAGCUGUUUACAUUGAAGACGUGUUUUUGGGGUUGUGUAUGAGCCACCUGGGCAUCCCUCUCACCGACCCCCCCACCAGGAGCUAUUUCCAUGUGUUUCCUAUGCCGUACAGUCGGUGCGCUUUCUCCCAGCUGAUCGCCACGAUGACACACUCAUACGUUGAUCGGAUGAGUAUCUGGAAAGACUUCAAGAGACCGGGUCCGUACUGCUAA